AUGGCAUCGGACGCCUCCGCCUUUGCCGCGAUCGAUCCCCCGCCCGUAACGCGCCCAGACGCAACCCCUCCUGCUAUCAUCCCUUCAGAAGACGCUGCUAUUAGGCUACUCAAGCGGCCUCGUUCACCAUCUCCCUCAUCGCCGCGCUCACUUGCCGCGCAGUCCCAUAGCCUUCUGGGUCUUGGAUCUCCGGCAAAGUCUGCCCGCCUGGCUCUCGCGUCUAGUAUUUCCCCGACGCCUUUGACCGCGGCGGCUGCCCUUGAAGACGAGCGCCGGCGACGCGAAGCAGAAUAUCACGACGACGGGACACGAGGCCCAGCACCCACAAGCGAUAACCCGGGCCACAGGGUUCUGACUUCACUCAUGUCUGGAGGUGUCCAGGCUAUGAGCCGUCCUGCCGACGCGCCUCAGCUGGCACCAACAGCCGCCAUGGAUACUUCUCCUCAGGCUCCAAAUCCUGUGUCGCUCGCGCAAACCGUGACAAGUCAGGUCGAAGAGCAUGGUGCGACAAGUCCGCAAAGCACCAAUAGCCUUGUUGGCGUUCAUGUUACCGAGAGCCCAACUCCAAUGGAAGUGGAUGUAUCAAAAAUUGAUCAGCACCAACAACAACAAUCAUCGCAACAAGUAGUCGGGCAGGAAGAGAGGCAUCAACCAGGAUCGCUUUCGUAUCCCGGUUCUCUUCAGGCCACAGGAAGUAUGGCGGAAACUCCGACCAGGGGCAUGAGUUUCCCAAUGCCCUCAACAGGCCAAACCUCUCCCACGUCAUCCGGAUCCAAAAAGCAUAAAUGUCCCUACUGCAAUACUGAGUUCACGCGUCAUCACAAUCUUAAGAGCCAUUUGUUGACGCAUAGCCAAGAGAAACCCUACGUUUGUACAGAAUGCCAAAUGCGCUUCCGCCGCCUUCAUGACCUGAAGCGCCACGGUAAAUUGCACACCGGCGAGAAGCCUCACGUCUGUCCCAAGUGUGAUCGCAAAUUCGCCAGAGGUGAUGCUCUCGCUCGCCAUUCAAAGGGUGCCGGCGGCUGCGCAGGACGGCGGUCCAGCAUGGGUAGUUUCGUUGAUGACAACGAUCUAGAGAAUAGCAUCGCGGAAGCUGAUGAAUCAGCCAUGUCUGGCUUGGCCUACGACAACGUCGAGGAAGACGAGCUAAGGCGCCAAAGCCUACCAAGUAUAACCGCCCAGCAUGUUGCUGUAAGUCAAGCUGAUGCUUACGGUGCGCAUGCUCGGACUUACCCACCACCCGGUGCCAGACCUGGAACCGGAGGACUCUACCCUCCCAACGUCAGUCAAAGCCAGGCAAGCACCAACUCAUCUCAAACCGCGGGUAGCAAUAUCGCUGGGCACAAUGGAACCGCCGGGAUCUCGUCCGUUGCGGCCGCGAAUGCGAACAUGUACUCCCAGACUGGCAUCACAGAGAGCCCUAAACCAUUGAGCCCUGGAGUGCAAGGACAUGACAGCAACAAUCUGGCGCGACAACGCUCGCCCAGCUUAACCCAGCAGCUGCAGCAGGCGCAGUUUGGACGUCGUGCCUCGGACCUGCAAUCGCCGCAUAACACACAGUCUCGGCCAAAGCUUCCGGGCCUGUCGCAUCCCGAAUUCGCGCCGCCCGGAUCAAACAGCUUUAACCAUGCCCGGAGCGGGAGCGGCGCACAGGCUGCUAAUGAUAGUGGAAAUAUGUUUGCCCAGAGUGACCCAAGCGUGUGGGCUUAUGUUCAGACGCUGGAGGACAAGGUCAAGGCGCUUACGGAGAAGGUUUCGACUCUAGACCAUGUGGUUGCAGACCUGAAACAACAGAUGGAAACGCGCGAUGCUGCUGCUGCAGCUGUCGCAAAAGUAUAG